AUGGAGGACCUCACCAACACGCUCGCGACGCUCGGCCUCGACAAGGUCCCGCAAGAGCCCAACACAUACCCCGCCCUCAACCCCUUCGACAUCUACCGGAGUCACAUCACCGAGCUGCUCUCGUCCGUCUCAGGCGUAGACAAGCAAAUAAUAUACCCCACACUAGCAUGGACGGCAAAGCCGGAGCAUGGAGACUUGCAGCUGGCCGUACCUGCGCUCCGCCAAAAGAAGAAGGACAUGAAGGCCUUCGCGCAGGAGCUGGCAGAUGCCUUCCCCGAGUCGCCGCUGGUUAAGAAGCCAAUCGUCACAAACACGUCCAUUGGCUUCUUCUUCAAGCCAGAGACGCUCACUUCGCUUGUCCUGCCCAUGGUUCUCAAGUCCAAGGAGGCAUAUGGUUUCAACAAGAACCUCGGCCUAAAGAACCCGCUCGACCCCUCCUCCGGCGCGAAGAAGAUGAUUGUCGAGUUCAGUUCACCCAACAUUGCGAAGCCCUUCCACGCUGGUCACUUGCGAAGCACAAUUAUCGGUGGUUUCCUCGCAAACCUAUACGAGGGCGCUGGUUGGGACGUCGUUCGCAUGAACUACCUCGGAGACUGGGGAAAGCAAUACGGCGUGUUGGCUAUUGGUUUCGACCUCUACGGUAACGAGGAGGAACUCGUCAAGAACCCUAUUGGACACUUGUAUGAUAUCUACGUCAGGGUCAGCAACGUACAACACGAAGAGGCGGAGAAAAUGAAGGCUCUCAAGGCCGAAGCUGCGAAGCUUAAGGAAGAGGGCAAGGAUGCGUCGGCGCAGGAGGCCGAGGUCAAGAAAAUCGAAGCUGAAGGUAUCGACGAGCAGGCUAGGAAGUACUUCAAGGGCAUGGUAGACGGCGAGCCUAAGGCGCUCGGCAUCUGGAAGCGCUUCAGGGAUCUGUCCAUCGAAAAGUACAAGCAAACAUAUGCCCGACUGAACAUUCACUACGACGACUACAGCGGAGAGUCCCAAGUCAAAGAUGAGAGCAUGGAUCUCGCUGCUAAGAUCAUGUGGGAGAAGAAGGUCUGCGAGGACUCAGAGGGCGCUGUCAUUGUCGACCUUACAAAACACUCCAAGAAGCUAGGCAAGGCCGUUGUGAAGAAGAAGGAUGGUACUUCGCUGUACCUGACCCGAGACAUUGGCGCUGCGAUUGAGCGUGUCGAGAAGUACCACUUUGACCGUAUGAUCUAUGUCGUCGCAUCACAACAAGACCUGCACUUGGCCCAACUCUUCAAGAUCGAAGAGCUCAUGGGCAGGAAAGACAUCUCAGACAAGUGCCAACACAUCAACUUUGGCAUGGUUCUAGGCAUGUCGACACGAAAAGGCACAGCCAAGUUCCUCGACGACAUCCUCCGCGACGUCGGCGACAAGAUGCACGAAGUAAUGAAGACGAACGAGACAAAAUACGCACAAGUCAAAGACCCGGAGCAAACCGCUGACACACUGGGCAUCUCCGCCGUGAUGGUGCAAGACAUGAAGGGCAAGCGAAUCAACAACUACACCUUCGACAUGGACCGCAUGACCUCCUUCGAAGGCGACACAGGCCCAUACCUGCAAUACGCACACGCCCGUCUCUGCUCCAUAUACCGCAAAGCCUGUGACGCGGACCCCAGCCUCGCUGAUCUCGAUCUCACAUCCGCUGAUCUGAGCUUGCUGAAAGAAGACAAGGCUGUGGAGUUGGUCCGCCAGUUGGCGUCGUGGCCAGAUACUUUCCUCAACACGCUCAAGACGCAGGAACCCACUACGGUGCUCACGUACUUGUUUAAGAUGGCGCAUGCGCUCAGCAGUAGUUACGAUCACUUGCAGGUUGUGGGCUCGGAGAAGAACGUCAUGAUCGCCCGGUUGGCGCUGUAUGUUGCCGCUAGGCAGGUCUUGUACAAUGGUAUGAGGGUGCUUGGACUCAGCCCUGUCGAGAGGAUGUAG